CUCGGCCUUCUCCGUGCAAACAGACGUCGUCGGAUCGACUCGCCGUGCAAAAUAUUGGUUGGACUAAAGCGGACCUUUACCGCAUAGGUGUGCUCAUAUAAAAAGAAAUGUUUUGAAGAGCCAUAUUUUUGAGCGAACUGCAGCCAUGGUGGACGGGUUUGAAGAAUUUUGCAAUGGAACAUUAUGGAAUGAGACUUUGUUGUUAAACAACUACUACCCACAGUUCACAGACUGCUUUCAGAACACACUGUUAGUGUGGGUGCCCUGUGGGUUUCUGUGGGCCACCCUCCCAUUCUAUCUGCCUGCCCUUCUCUCUUCCAAAGAUGAUGAUGUACCACCAGUCCCACUGAACUGGCUAAAUGUCUCCAAAAGUUUUUUGAGUUUGAUGCUAGCUUUCUUAAGUGCUGUGGAACUCAUUAAAUCUGCAAGUGACCAUGAAUCCUUACACAAAACUACAGUUACUGCAGUGUAUGUGGCACUGGCUAUUAAAGUUGGAUCUUAUAUGCUAUCAGCAGUACUGAUACAGCUGGAGAGGGGCAAGGGGUUCAUUACCUCUGGCGUCUUGUUUGUAUUUUUUCUGUUGAUGACAUUGGCAGGAAUUGUUCCAUUUUACACUUACAUAGAAGAAAAGGUGUACAAUUAUGACCUGGACAGGUUUGUUUUGUUCUACAUCUCCUGGAGUUUCCUUUUCAUCCAGUUGGUUCUUCACUGUAUCGCAGAGAAAGUGACAAGGAGGGGCUAUUAUGAACUAGGAAGAAAACCUUGCCCUGAAACCAAGUCCUCAAUAUUAAGCAGAUUGACAUAUUGGUGGAUGAAUAGCUUAAUCAUUAACGCAUACAAGAAGGACUUGACAGAAGAUGACCUAUUUGACCUCAAUCCCAGAGAUGCCAGUGACAGAGUAAUUCCUCAGUUUGAAGAACAGUGGGACAAGGAAGUGUCAAAGUACAGAAAAACAGAAAGAAAAUCAAGUGCACCAAGUGGGCGACAAAAUGUGACCUUUCAAGUGGGUAAGGCACAACACCACCUGCAAGCGUCAGAGAGAACCCCGCUGGUUGGAACCUCCAGUCGGACAUAUUCUACCACUGUAGAAAUCAAGGACCCCAAGAAGAAGCAACAGAAAGGGGCGUCCCUGUUCAAAGUGCUGGCUAAGACCUAUGGGCCAGACUUCCUGAAGGCCUGGGGUUGUAAAUUCCUCUAUGAUCUCUUACAAAUGGCCAGUCCUUCUCUAUUAAGUGUGCUGAUAGAGUACGUUGAAAAUAAAAACACCAACAAAAAUGAAUAUGAAUGGAAAGGAUAUGUGUACGCUCUGGGAUUCUUCCUUAUUGCCCUAUUACAGUCAACAUUUUUCCACCAAAAUUUCCACAUAGGAAUGACACUUGGAAUGAGGAUUCGAUCUGCUCUUAUUGCUGCUGUCUACAAGAAGUCUUUAACCAUGAAUAAUGAGGCCAGGAAAACGUCCACUGUAGGCGAGAUCGUGAACCUGAUGUCAGUGGAUUGUCAGCGGAUGCAGGACCUGAGUGGAUAUCUGUGGAUGAUCUGGUCAGCCCCGGUGCAGAUCACACUGGCCAUGUACUUACUGUGGAUUCAGCUGGGACCAUCUGUCCUGGCAGGUCUGGGCCUCAUGUUGCUGCUUAUUCCUGUCAAUGCAGUGAUUUCAAUGAAACAAAGAAAACUUCAGGUUGACCUGAUGAAGUUCAAGGACAAACGUCUGAAGCUUAUGUCUGAGGUGUUGAAUGGAAUGAAGGUGUUGAAACUGUAUGCCUGGGAACCAUCUUUCCAAGAUAAAAUACAAGAAAUCCGGACCAAGGAAACAAAUAUUCUGAAGAAGAAUGCCCUUUACAGUGCCUUUAGCUCCUUUUCCUUCACAACAGCCCCGUUUCUGGUGACGCUUGUGACCUUUUUGACCUACGUGUUUACCUCGGACACAGGUUACCUGAGUGCCCAGAAAGCCUUCACUUCCCUGGCUCUGUUCAACAUUCUAAGGUUUCCCAUCAACCUGCUGCCAAUGAUGAUCUCAUAUGUCAUACAGGCUAAUGUGUCUAUAGGAAGAAUUUCCAAGUUCUUGAAAAAUGGUGAUUUGGAUCCAAAUGCAGUUCAGCAUGAACCAAAAUCAGACUCUGUUGUUUCGGUGGAAAAUGGAACAUUUAGUUGGGAUUCUGAGCUACAACCAGCACUCCGAGAUGUUAACAUCAAGAUUCCCGCCGGGAAGUUGGUGGCAGUGGUAGGACAGGUGGGCUCCGGGAAGUCCUCUCUGCUCUCCGCCCUGCUUGGAGAAAUGGACAAACUCUCCGGAAGUGUCAAUGUCUAUGGCAAUGUGGCUUAUGUCCCACAACAAGCAUGGAUUCAGAACGCUACCGUCAAAGACAACAUCCUAUUUGGUAAACAAAUGGAAGAGGGCAAGUACGAUGAAAUUCUGGAGGCGUGUGCUCUCAAAACCGACCUAGAGAUCCUGACGGGUGGAGACAUGACAGAAAUCGGGGAAAAGGGCAUAAAUUUGAGCGGCGGACAGAAGCAGAGAGUGAGCCUGGCGCGGGCCGUUUAUAACAACGCCGAUAUCUACAUGCUGGAUGAUCCCCUCAGUGCCGUCGACUCCCAUGUCGGCAAACACAUUUUCCAGAAAGUUGUUGGGGCCAAAGGAUUGCUGCGUAAUAAGACAAGAAUUAUGGUAACACAUGGAGUUCACUGGUUACCACUAGUAGACUCCAUCAUUGUGCUGAUUGAUGGGAAAAUAACAGAGAUGGGAACCUAUGAUGAACUCCUGAGUCAUGAUGGAGCCUUCGCUCAGUUCCUGAAGACCUACUUAACACAGGAAAACCCUGAUGAGGAGGAGGAUGAAGAAAUCGAGCAGAUGAAAAGUAAAAUUUUAGAAAGAGUGGAAUCUGUGACCUCAGACACAGGGGCCACUUCAGGGGAAGAGGGAAAAGCCCGCAAAAGGAAAGACAAAAGUGCCAAAGCUCCCUUAGCCCGCUCUAUCUCAACCAUUGAUGGAUCUGAACUUCCAGGAAAAGACAAAAAGGAUGUUAAGGCUCCAGGUGACCAGCCAAAAAUGAAAGAAAAAGAUAAGCUUAUUCAGGAAGAAAAGGCAGAAAAAGGCAAAGUGAAGUGGAAGGUGUUUAUGAUGUAUUUCCGCGCCAUUGGAAUGGCAGCCUCCGCGAUAAUCCUGGCUAUCUUCAUUAUCUUCCAAGUUUCUAGUGUAGGAGCCAACAUCUGGCUAUCUAUAUGGACUACUGAUAAGGAACUGGCUAAUAUCAGUCUGGCUAAUACCACAGAAUAUCAGAAUCGGAACUACAUGUUUCUUGGCAUUUAUGCAGCCUUUGGUGUUGUGCAAGGUGCUGUGAUCAUGAUUUACACACUGCUUGCAACGUACAAAAUGGUGGACGCUUCACGGAAACUUCACAAUGCAAUGUUGGAGAACGUGAUGAAGGCACCCAUGAGCUUCUUCGAUACGACUCCCAGCGGGCGCAUCGUGAACCGGUUCUCUCGGGACGUGGAGACGACGGACAGCACCCUGCCUAUGGUGCUGAGGAUGUGGAUGAACAUGUUCUUUAGCACACUCAGUACCUUUAUUGUCAUCAGUUACAGCACCCCUCUCUUUAUGACCAUCAUAGUCCCUGUGCUCAUAUUUUAUUUCGCUGUACAGAGAUUUUAUGUGCCAACAUCUAGACAACUCCAGAGAAUUGAGUCGACCACCCGGUCACCAAUUUUUAACCAUUUUAGUGAGUCCCUUAGUGGGGCCUCCUCCAUCCGAGCCUACUAUGAACAAGAAAGAUUUAUCAACGAGUCUCUGUCUAGGGUGGAUAAAAAUAUACUGUACUACUUUGCCAGGAUAGCUUCCAACAGAUGGCUGGGCUGGAGACUGGAGUUUGCUGGCAAUCUGAUUGUGUUUGCUGCUGCUAUAUUUGCUGUGGUCACACCCAACCUUAGUGGAGGAUUAGUCGGUCUCUCAGUGUCAUAUGCUCUGCAGGUGACAAGUGCCCUGAACAUGUUGGUCAGACAAACAGCUGAAUUAGAGACCAAUGUUGUUGCAGUAGAAAGACUUAAAGAGUAUUCUGAAGUAGAAACUGAGGCGGAAUGGAUUCGCCCCUUCAGGAGACCACCCCAUGAUUGGCCAGCUAAUGGAGGAGUUAUCUUCCAUGACUACAAGACCAGAUACAGAGAGGGCUUAGAUCUGGUACUGAGAGGAAUAUCUUUCCAAGUACUAGGUGGCCAAAAAGUAGGUAUAGUUGGAAGAACAGGGGCAGGUAAAUCUUCUCUGACUGUGGCCCUGUUCCGGUUGAUUGAAUCUGCUGGGGGUCAGAUUGUGAUUGACGGUCAGAGAAUCUCUGACAUCGGACUGCAUGAUCUCAGGGGCAAGCUUACCAUUCUACCUCAGGACCCAGUGUUAUUUUCUGGAACUCUACGCAUGAACAUUGAUCCAUUCAAUGCGUACACAGAUGAGAACAUCUGGCAUGCUCUGCAACAUUCUCAUUUGAAAGCUUUUGUAGAAGGUCUUCCAGAAGGAUUACAGCAUGAGUGUGGAGAGGGAGGCCAAAAUUUGAGUGUUGGCCAAAGACAGCUGGUUUGUCUGGCGAGGACCCUCCUAAGGAAAUCCAAGAUCCUGAUUCUGGAUGAGGCCACUGCUGCAGUAGACAUGGAGACGGAUGACCUUAUCCAGAAGACCAUCAGGACGGAGUUCAAGGACAGCACGGUGCUGACCAUAGCACACAGGCUCAACACCAUCAUGGACUACGAUAAAGUACUAGUGUUAGACCAAGGCCUAGUGAAGGAAUAUGACAGCCCUGAUAAUCUACUGAAGAACAAGACUUCAGUCUUCUAUGGAAUGGCCAAAGAUGCCAAUCUAGUGUAACUGCCUGUGAUCAAUGCCCUUACAGAAUAUGUAUAGUGUAUGUUGAUAUGGGCCAUCAAUAAAUGACCCAGAACCUUCUAUUGUCUGACAGUUACCAUUAGGUAACAAGGGUAAAAUCUCUAGUACAUGUAUGUGUAUUUAAUGUAGAGGAUGUUAACUCUGAAUAUGUCACGGAAAAUUAGAUUUUUAUUAAAGGUAUACUAUAGUAGUUCAAUCAGCAAAUUAUACUUUCUGUACAUAUCAAAAAAAUUUGUGAAUACAGAGAAAAUGAAAUACUUUUUUUUAUUUGCAUCCGUCAUUUUUUUGCCUUUUAAAAACUUUCUUCUACCAACAAUACCGAAUAAUCUCUGUGUAUUUAAUAUUUUGUGGUGCAUAAAUGAAUAAAAAAAAGGGGGGGGGGGAAUUAGAUUGUCACAAAAUUUUUGAAUAUUCAGUAUGUAUUUUGGAAUAAUACAUCCAAAAAUUGUGGUUGUUUUUUUUUUAAUGUAAAAAAGCUUAAACUGAAGUGAUAAAUAAUGAAUCAAGGACAUUUUAUUCUGUAGAUCCAGUCCUGAUAUUUUUUUUUGUUAUAUUCAGUAGUAUAUAACUGUAAUAUUAGCUCGUCCGAAAAAUAUUGACCGGUCAAUAUUUUUUUGAUAUUGACUGGCUAGGAAUAAUAUCUAGAGAACAUUCCCUCUAUUUCAAAUAAUCGCCUCUGAUUUGUUGAUUCGUAAACGAUGACGUAAAUAACUCUUCGCGACUCCAAAACAAGGUGACGUCAUAAUAGACAGUCAGUCAAGGCAAGUAAACAACGGACGCGCAAUGCGACGGUUUGCUAUCAUAACGGAUAUAAGGAUUUGCGAAUUACUGUGAAAUAAAAUCAGGUAGAACAUCUGUAUUUUCAUUCUUCCGGUCAGCGGAAUAUCAACAGUGACCGUUUGAUGCUGAGGAUAUUUUGGAAAUGAACUUUGCACAAAUUUGAAUUCGUGAAUUCUUUAUUGAGCUGAAAAAAUUACGGCGAUCUGUUUUCAAUUACUUUCUUAAAUUUUGGUUUGUUUCUUCAUAUAACAAAACAAAUGUUGACUGUGUUUUCGGGCAACAUUGAUUAUAUUAGCCCCCGAGGGACGAAAAUAUUGCCCUCCGCUUCGCGUCGGGCAAUAUUUCGUCCCUCGGGGGCUAAUAUAAUCAAUGUUGCCCUCAACCCCAGUCAAUAUUUGUAUAUUGUUAUGCAUGGACAUGUAUUACAGUAAGAAUGAUGUUGUGAUAAAUCAAAACAACAAUAUUUUGCAUUUUAAGUAAAUGGCCUGAGAAAAUGGAAUUUUUUUAAGCUCCAUGGAAAUUUCAAUUUAAACUUGUGCUCUAAUUUACAAGGUUGUGACACAGAGCAAAAUCAAACAAUUGUUCAUUCAGUAAAUGAAAAAGAUAAAAAUGUUAUUAUUUAAGAGACUGUAUAAAAUAUUACUUUAUCGACUAAGUUUUGUGUGAAGCGCCCUUUACAUAAGUAUACAGUUUUGGUGAACUCAUGUGAUACAUGUUACAAAAAUAGUCAUUGAUAUUGUAUACAAACAUUUUAUAUAUGGUAAUAGAAUUUGACUAUAAUGUUUUUGAAUGGGUAUAAGGGCAACAUGUUGUUUGUUGGACCUAAGGAAAGAAUGUUAUUCACAGUCGAGGGUACAUCUCUGUGAUGAGGCCCAUUAAAUCACUAGUUAGUGGAGUCUAGUCGCUAAUAUUGGGGAACCAUUCAAUGAAUAUAUAAAAUAAUAUAUAUAAUAACCUGUAGCUUUCAACUUAUCAUCACAGCAACUUGGCUAUUUUAGUUUUACUGAGAAUAAGGGCAUAUUAUUUACCGGUAGUUGUGACAUGCAUCAUAUUUUUUCUUAUUUUGGACUUUCAGACUGGUCAACAUAAAAUUUGUUAGACUUAAUGUUUUUUUGUAGGUAUUAGAUAUAUAUUUAUGUGUAGAAAAAUAUGUCUUUAGCGAUAUGUUACCUUUGUUUCAUAGAAAUGGUCAAGAUAGCAUCUCUUGUGAAUAUCAUUAUAUUACUAAGGGCCCUUGAAAAAAAGAAUGUGCCUGAUUUUUCCCUUUAAAGCAUAUUUUGUUUUUUCCAAGUUUCCACAGUAGGACUUGUAAAAAUAAUCUAACUGAAACAAUCAGGUGUGGUUUUUGAUUAAGAUAUGAUUUUAUGUAAUAAUAUUAACGAAUUUUAAAUGCCAUGACCUAAUCAACAAUAUUCACUUUUAUGAGCAGUAAAGUAACUGGCCUUUCAUUUACCUUGGCAUAAUGCAGUAGACCUACAUUGUGAAUAAGUAGGCACGAUAAUCAGUGCUAGUCGCCAUGCUACUUGCAUUUUGUCAAUUUUGUUUUGGACACCAAUCAUAUGUCCCAGCAUCCUUACAGAACAUCUCUCCUGGGUUUUUUCUGUGUGCCAUGUUGAUAUGAGGGAGGCCUCGCCCUCCUUUUUUCUUGAACUGUGAACAUUUAGUGCUAUGCCUAGUUGAUGUUAACCCUUACCCUUUGAUGUCAGCUGUAUUGUAUAUCAUUGUAUAAUCCUUUUUUGAAGAACUUUUUGUCAGAAUUGUGUGUCAUUUGGAUGUCAUCUUUUCUUUCCUUUCUCAUUCUUUUGUAGGGCUUAUGUAGCAAUUCCAUAUAUGUAAAUGAUGGAACUAUUAUUGAUGAGCAGUCAAUGACAGUUAUCUAUAUUGUUGAUCAAUAGAAUGUGGAAAGGGAUUUAUAGGAGUGUUGGACCCCCCCCCCACCCCACCCCACCCCACACAACUACAACUGGAAUGUUUAGCGGAGACAAAACAAAAUGUUAUCUCCAUUUACUUGCUAUUUUUGUUCUCAAUGAUAUACUUUAUAUUUAUGAUAGUACAUGUUUUAUAUACUGUUAAAUGUACUAUAUAAUUACAUGAACAUACAAAUAACGUGUGUUUGAAUAUUCAGAAUGUGUAUUUAUUUUAGAUGUGUUGCGGCUUAUUUAUGUCAACAUUGUAUAGAGUGAGACAUAUAUUUUUAUACGCUAUUGUGAUACCUCUAACUAUUUUUUCAUCAAACUUAUUUUCAGCUUCUCAUUGUAGUGAACAAAUUGAAUAAAAUCUGAACCAAA